AUGCAGCCUGUCCACGAAAAAGAAAACCUCACCGAGUUGAUCAUGACAGCAGCCAAUGAGGUGGCGCGGCCGGGCCGGCCGGGCCGCCAGUGCCAUAUAGUAUGCAGCAACCCGAGGAGUCACGUUGGGGGAACGGCAGAAAGCAGCUAUCCUUUUACACUACUUUGCUCUAGCAGCUAUCUUAAUGGUGACUGCGUGGCCGGGGGGAAACCUGAUCGGCCAGAUCCAGCCGAAACCGGGCGGGAGGGAUCAGACACCUGGAGUGUUUUGUGUAUUGUUGAGCGAACUAAGGAGAAGGUCGCCUGGAGAGAUGGUGUCUCCAAGCCACGCGGGCAUAAGACAGAAAGAACCCAAAGCAGCUCGAAGGUUCUGCCCAGGGAAGGAAUUUGGGAGCCGGGAAGCCCGCCCCGGCCGAGCGAAGGUGAUCACCCGCCGCGGCCCGCCCUUGCCGCUCCUGUCCCUGCACCCCCGCCGGGGCCCGACGGCUCUGGAGCCCAAGCAGGGAGGGAGGCGCUGUGUCCGAGCCGUGCCUCCCGACUGGCGGGGACACCCAGAGGAGGCACGUUGGUGACCCCGCGCCUGCUUGUGGCCGCGGAUCCCGUCGCUUGGAGCCCCGUCGGAAUCCUCGGGGCCAGAGGCAGGGGGUGGGGAGCGGGCGUGGCGCUCAGGCCAGCUGCCCUGCAGCCUGCGCUCCCCGGCUGGGCGCGUUCCUCUCCCCAGCCGCACUCUGCCGGCUGCGCGCCUCCCCCCCCCCCCAACCCCACACCCCCGCCCCCGGCCCAGUUGCCUGGUUUAGGCCCCUCUCCGGAUCUACCUCCCACCCGCACCCCUGGUGAGUCACCCUCGCAGACGGCGACGGCGGCUCAGCCUCAGCUCGUAAAUCAAAGCGCUUUCUGCGCUCCUGGCCCCGCAGCCCAAAGCCCGGAUCUCUGGACUUUCCCUGAAUUUAUUAUUGGUAAAAUGAUUGGGAUAGGAGAGUUUAUCUUCCCACGUUCUCUGUCUUUAUGUGAGUCAGAUGGCAAUCCCAGCACUGAAGAUGAAUCCAGCAAGGGCCAUGAGGACUUGUCUCCUCAUCCACUCUCCAGUUCAUCGGAUAGUGUCACCAACCUCAGCCUUUCCAGUCACAUGGAACCAGUGUAUAUGCAGCAAAUUGGAAAUGCUAAGAUAUCAUUAAGCUCUUCUGGAGUUUUGUUGAAUGGAAGCUUGGUACCAAGUACUUCACCUGUCUUUCUUAAUGGUAAUUCUUUCAUUCAGGGACCCAAUGGAGUUAUCCUUAAUGGAUUAAAUGUGGGAAAUACACAGACAGUGUCACUGAACCCACCAAAAAUUGCAUCAAACAUUGUGAGCAAUGGUAUAUCCAUGAGUGACAUACUGGGGUCUACCUCCCAGGAUGUGAAGGAAUUCAAAGUCCUCCAGAGUUCUUCAGCUAACUCCGCAGCCACCACUUCCUACAGCCCCAGUGCCCCUGUGUCAUUCCCAGGGCUGAUACCCAGCACUGAGGUAAAAAGAGAAGGCAUUCAAACAGUGGCUUCCCAAGAUGGAGGCUCUGUGGUGACUUUUACUACACCAGUGCAAAUUAACCAGUAUGGCAUUGUCCAGAUCCCCAAUUCCGGAGCAAACAGCCAGUUCCUUAAUGGGAGCAUUGGAUUCUCUCCACUGCAGCUGCCUUCUGUUUCAGUAGCAGCUUCUCAAGGCAACAUUUCAGUAAAUUCAAGCACUUCAGAUGGGAGCACAUUUACAAGUGAGUCCACCACAGUCCAGCAAGGAAAGGUUUUCUUGAGCUCUCUUGCUCCCAGUGCAGUGGUAUACACUGUCCCUAAUUCAGGCCAGACUAUAGGAUCUGUUAAACAGGAGGGCUUGGAGAGGAGCCUGGUAUUUUCUCAGUUGAUGCCUGUCAAUCAGAAUGCACAAAUAAAUGCAAACCUGUCUUCUGAAAAUAUCUCGGGGAGUGGCCUCCAUCCCCUGGCCUCCUCAUUAGUUAAUGUAUCCCCAACUCACAAUUUUUCCCUGACUCCCCCUACCUUGCUAAAUCCCACCGAGCUAAACCCUGACAUUGCUGAUAGCCAGCCAAUGUCUGCACCUGUGGCAAGCAAAUCUACUGUGACAUCUGUCAGCAACACUAACUAUGCAACUCUUCAGAACUGCUCCCUUAUUACUGGUCAAGAUCUAUUGUCAGUCCCUAUGACCCAGGGUGCCCUUGGGGAAAUUGUUCCUACAGCUGAGGACCAGGUGGGUCACCCCUCCCCAGCAGUACACCAGGAUUUCGUCAGAGAACAUCGUUUAGUUCUGCAAUCAGUAGCUAAUAUAAAAGAGAAUUUCUUAACAAAUUCUGAGGGCAAAGCCACAAGCAACUUAAUGAUGCUGGACUCAAAAUCCAAGUAUGUCCUAGAGGGCAUGGUUGAGACUGUCUGUGAAGACCUGGAAACAGACAAAAAAGAGCUUGCCAAGCUCCAAACCGUCCAAUUGGAUGAAGAUAUGCAAGACUUAUAA